CGAGGCUGAUAUUGAGCAUGUCUUGUACUUUGCUUUGAAAUACUGUCAGUCUCAUGUGAAUGAUUAACAGUUUAUCAGGAGUGUUUUGUUAAGUUAUUUGCAGCAUUCACACAUUUAACCACUAGAGGAAGCUAGAGAAUCAUUAGGCGUAGGCCAAGUUGUGAUGGCCUUUUAAUGAAUCAGCAGUUUCACUGUUCCAGGAACUAAAAUGCUCAAUACAUUUAACCCUUUGUGAACAUAUUCAGCCACUUCCGUAACUGUUUAAAAAGUAAAGGUUUUGUUUGUCCAUGGCUACUGUUUGUGAAUACAAUCUGGACAAGAUGCCAGUGGAAAGAAUGAGGAUGCGACCUUGGCUGGAGGAACAGAUUGAAUCCUGUCAAAUACCAGGGCUGAAAUGGGUUAACAAAGAAAAGAGAAUCUUUCAGAUUCCUUGGAUGCACGCUGCACGUCACGGCUGGGACCUGCAGAAAGACGCCCCACUCUUCAUGAAAUGGGCCAUACAUACUGGUAAAUUCCAGCAAGGCAUAGAUCGCCCUGAUCCAAAGACAUGGAAGGCUAAUUUCCGCUGUGCCAUGAACAGCCUGCCAGACAUCGAGGAGGUGAAGGACAAAAGCAUCAAAAAGGGAACCAAUGCCUUCAGAGUCUACAAGAUGCUCUCCUCGUCAGAAAGAAGCAUGAAGAAAGGAAAGAAGAAGGCAGACAAGGAGGGGAAAGUCAAGGGAAAUAAAGAGGCAGCAUCUCCAUCUCCAGACAGGACUCACUGUGAUGCGGGAGCUAUUGACUACUCCAAACAGGAGACGAUAAAGCAGGAAGUCUUUGAGCCAACAAUAACAGAUUGUGCCUCAGCCAUUCACAGUUCAGUAGACGACCACGUGAUCACUAGCGAGCAGCUGCCGUUCGUCUGCCAGACCAUUGAAGUGACCACUGAGAACGAAGAGCAGACUGUUAGCUCCUCCCACUCGUAUCCACUUCAAAUCUCUCCUGUGUCAUCAUGCUGCGGCAGCGACACGGACAGCGACACAGAAGACACCAAAGAGGGUGUCAGUGCUGUCUGGCGACGGGACUACAGCACAUCAGUUCUCAGGGUUCCUUCAUAUCCCCUCCCCAGCAUGGCAACCUUUGUCAGUGGAAGCAAGCCAAACUUCAGGGUCACCAGCACUCGAGACCCAUCCCCACUUAUCAGCUACCACACAGACGGCUGGAUGCCAGCCUACAGCCAAAACUCUGAGACAAGCAGCCACACCCAUGAGAUGCGUGCAAGUGUCAUCAUGAAAACCUCUGACAUCACAUCCUCCUGACCUCUGACUUCAGACCACAUGUAUCAUCACUGUUUCCAGGGCAUAGGGAUGAAAGAAAUUGUUUGAGUUCUCCAUCAGGGCUGUGAGGAGCCCAAAGAGGCCGAGCUUCAAAACCUUUGAUAUGAUCAUAGAGUCUGAUGGGCCAGAAUCCUCCCACCUUCCCUUUUUAAUUGGAGACGCUCGCUCUUUGUUGACUUAAUUGGUGAGCAUUUAAGUCCUUAUUUAUUGUUUCAGCAUCUUUAUGGAUGUAAGGGUAAGUGUGAUGUAAAUCUAGCAUGAAUAAAUAGAUUAUAUAUGCGCCCCCUGUACUACAUGUGGUAGAUCGUUGGUGCUAACACUUGAGCUCAUGAAUGAAGUUUCCUAUUUUUAUCUAGAGAAAGAAAACCAUCAUUUUACAACUUCUAAAUGAUUCCCCCUCCUCAUAGUGAGGUUAAACCAAAACUGCUCUCACUGCAUAUACAAUGUAACAAUACCAAAAGCACCACCUCACCUGUAAUUAUGAUAUGAAAUCAUAAUUGAAUAGUCUGUGAAUGUCACACAUUGCUGGAGUCAGCAUGAGCUGUGUUGUCAGGGUUGGUGGCAGAUUUGUUUGCUUGUCCACUGAUUUGGACCUUGUAGCCUUUUUCCUCAUCAUCACCUGAAGAGUCACAAUCAAACGUUUAGCUGACACGUACGAAACGAGUUCACGCUAUUCAUUUUUUAAAAGUGAAGCAGUCACUAACUGUCAAUCACAUAGAUAUUUAUCUCCUCACAUCAUAAAUCUUCUUCAUAGAGUUUCCAGAUUUUAAACGCGUAGUUUGAAGUUUAUUCUUCAUGAAGUGUUACGCAUAACAACACGCCAACCGAAAUCAUGUGAGCUCAAGUGUUAGCUGCGUUAGGCUCAUGAAUUGAACAAAGGUCAUUUACCCUGAGAAGCCAUCCUUUCUCAUAUCAGAGCAUUAAGUGUAAACUUGAAUGAGAGGUUUGAGAGGACGUUGAUCGAGAAAUCAAAGGCUGGGUAUUAAGACAGAGCUAGACAAUCAUUCGGGAGCCCUGGUUGACCCUGCAGUGGAAAGCAGUUGUGUGUGUUUGUUCUGUAUCUGUCUGUUUGUCUGGAGACCUCAGGAUAAAGUACCCGCCUACACAGACAGACAAACAGACAGUGAGAUAGACUGACUCACUGACUGCCAGACUGUGAACAAUGUUUUCAUGUCUUCUCCUCUCUUCUGCCUACUGGUGUUAAUAAUGUACAUAAGUCAUAUGUCAGUAUGCCUGCAAGCCGCUUCAGCACCUUACGGACCACACACACGUGUGUGUCAAUAAGUGUGUGUGUGUCAAUAAGUGUGUGUGUGUGUAUGUGUGUGUGAGAGAGAGAGAGAGAGGCAGAGAAAAAGCCUUAUUGAAGAUAUGUGCCUUUGAUGAAGUGCAGUUGGAUCAAACUGUCUAUGCUUUACUCUGCUAGUGAUGUGCCGCUAGCUUUCUGUAGCAGCGGACAGUGUUGAUGUGGGGAGCAUGGAGGGCCAUCAUUGGUUUAAUCUGCACAUUCAAAGAGAGUGUCUUUCUAUGACAAUAAGAAAAGGGAACUGUUGGCUUCAGAUACAUCCCAGAGGAAGGUGUCAUCAGCAGCAGACGCGUCACUUUGUUGUUUUUAGAUCACACUUGUUUUUAAAGUUUAGCUCUACAGUUCCCAUCCCCACUUGACUUCAGUGAGCGGAUGAAGCAGCGCAAGUCUGCCGUCUGUUUCGUCUCCAUUCUUCCCAGCUGUAAGGACAGUAGCCUUGCGUGCUUGUAUUUCAGAAGAAAUACCCUUGAUAAAGUGUCAUUUUAACAACAUGCUUUGUAAGUGACCAAAUAUCAGAGUCUUGUUAUAGAGGCCAAAGUCGCAAAAACUGCAACAUAGGACAUUUCACCUAGCUGCCAUUGGGGAGCAUUACAACGAGUUAGUGAAUCAUUAACAUCAAUAAAAUGUGAGAGAACACACAUUCAUAUCAUCAUCUUUAUGAUGUAGCAAUGAUCUGUGUCGCUGUUUACGUCCUGGUUGGUUAGAUUAUGAAUGAUUUUGACAUUUGGCUCCAGGUUUGAAUCAUGAAUUAUCAUACUGACAUCAAACUUGAUUUAAACACCUAAUAUUGUUAUGGCACGAAAAACACGAGAAAACAUGCUGAGUUGAAGAAGAACAUGAUUUUCUUGUUUAAUUUACUCUUCAUUAUGGGCAUGUGUGAGUGUUGAGUUGUUACUUAGAGUAAUGCUUUAUCUUCUCUUAUGAACAGCUUUUGUUUCAGACAUAACUAACUGUGCUAAGGAUCUCUGUGAGCCCCCCGACCUGAAACAAACUGCGCUUAUGGUUUUAAGUUUAGAUGUAGAAUGAAAUUUGCCCUUAAAGUACCCAAAUAUGAAAUCAUUUCUAGGUAUAUUUUUGGGCUUUUGGGGCCUUUAUUCAAAGACAGGACAGUGGAUAGGGUCUGAAAUCGGGGAGAGAGAGAAAGAUAGUGGGGGAAUGACAUUUGGGAAAGGAGCCACAGGUUGGAUUCUAACCUGGCCGCCUGCUUGGAGUAUCACAGCAUUGAACAUGGGGUGCAUAUUAACCACAAGGCUACCGGCGCUCCAGAAUAUGAAAUCCCUCUGAGAUUCCCUGCUUGCACCAUUAUGAACUUUGUUGAAAGCAUCAGAAAACUCAGCAGUUAGCAGGCUAAAGCACAGCUCUCACUCCUAGCCUGCAUGUAGCAGAGCUCCAGUGGGAACAGCUCUAAAGGUUCCUAUAGGAAAAAUAAAAAAAGGAACCCUCUCUGAUUGUGAACCAAAGCACUAGAGAUAUUUACACUGGAUGCACAUUACUAUCAUGGUGAAUAUAAGAUUUCCACCGAAUCAAAGGGGGUUUGUGCGGAUGUGUUUUUAAUGUGCCUUUUUUCUUUGUUAGAAACUUGCAUUGCAAACCGAAAGACUUCUUCUUCUUCUUCUUCUUCUUCUUCUUCUUCUUCUUGAGUUGUUACCCUUCAUGAAAGUUCUCAAUAGGCCACAAUAUUUACAGCAUACAUAUUUACAUUAUUUAUGUCCGCAAAAACAUAAAUCCUGCCGUUUUUUAACCAUGUGUUUGUCCUUGUGAGUCUUUUUAUCCUCAUUAAUGUCACCGCGAUCAAAACAUCUCUGAGAACCAUUUUGAAAGAAUAAAACAUUUACAUAAAUCUGGUUGCAAUGAACAAAUGAGAUGAAGAUUUUUAAAUGUUUCUGUGGCUUAUUAAUUCUAUGAGUGUUGCUCUACAUUUAAAGCAGUGUGAUCCAUAUUAGGCCUUUGCAACAGUCGGCGUACAGGUUGAAAAGGCACACCUUUUUUUUUCCCCACACCUUUUUCACACCUUAAAAGCAGAAUCAAUCAUGACCUUCAGUCAUUAACAUCAGUUUUAUUCAGGUCAAAAACCCAGCCAUGUUAUUUUCUUUUAACAAGAACCAACUGAAGUGCUCUUAUCCGUUGACACAUUUUGUGCUGCAUUAUGUGUUUUAAAGGGACGUCACUGCAGCCAGAAGUCCAGUUUUAAUGGUAUGAAGGUGUGACAGUGUUGUCCAGCGUUGACUUUAUUUGUCAGAGCCUCUCGUGCUCGUUCAUUUGUCUCUUAUCUUAACGCUCUGCUUGUACCAUGAAAGACGUUUUUACCAUGCAACUAAAAGCAAAACGAGAACUGCUCAGCUACUUGCAAUGUGUCACCACUGUUUCUCGUCUGUACGUUAUGAAGAGUCCAUGUCAAUCAACAUGUUAUUCUAAAUAAAUAAAGAGUGUUUUUUUUUUUUUUGUA